GGCAGUGGAACUCCUGAGAAUUUGCCAUGCUGAGUAAUAUGGCACCCAAGGAUUUCCUCACUUGGAGUCUCGUGACUUUGCUUCUGUGUCUUCGCUUUUGCCUGUGUCAAGAUGAGCACGUGGAGGUGAGCGGAAGAUCUAAUGAUCCAGUGGCCAAAGUUUUGCAAAGUCAUCACCAGACUGGCCACAAAGGUUCCAGCAGCAGGGAAUUGUUGAGACAGCGGAGUCGGCUUUUUGAGUGGACGGUUGAGGAGGAGGAUGGUAAUAUCCCUUCUACUGACCCAAAUGCCUUGAAACCAGAGGUAGAUGAUGUAGCACAGACUACCUCAGACAGAGUCCAGACUACGCACAGUGGACCUCAAAGCCCACCAGAAUGUGGCUGCCGGGGGGAUUUUGGAUAUCGAGCUUAUCAAGGCCCACCUGGUCCUCCGGGGCCUUCUGGAAUGCCAGGAAACCAUGGAAACAAUGGAAACAAUGGAGCACCGGGUACUGAUGGAUCAAAAGGUGACAAAGGAGACAAGGGGGAUUUGGGACCCAGAGGAGAGCGGGGCAACCAUGGACCAAAAGGAGAGAAGGGAUACCCUGGAAUUCCACCAGAACUUCAGGUUGCAUUUAUGGCUUCGAUGGCAACCCACUUCAGCAAUCAGAACAGCGGAAUAAUCUUCAGCAGCGUCGAAACCAACGUUGGGAAUUUUUUUGACGUAAUGACUGGUCGAUUUGGAGCACCUGUAAAUGGGGUGUAUUUUUUCACCUUCAAUAUGAUGAAGCACGAAGAUGUGGAGGAAGUGUACGUUUACUUAAUGCACAAUGGCAAUACAGUUUUCAGUUUAUAUAGCUACGAAUCAAAAGGGAAAACGGACACAUCGAGCAACAGCGCAGUCCUUAAACUUGCCAAGGGAGAUGAAGUUUGGCUGCGGAUGGGCAACGGGGCGCUGCAUGGAGAUCAUCAACGCUUUUCCACUUUUGCGGGGUUUCUUCUUUUCGAAACAAAAUAGAUGAGAGCUUAAACCUAAAG